UAAACACCAGAUGAUCAUGAAAGUAACAAGUUUCUUUUUGUCUUCUUACUAAAAAAAAAUUAAUAACAUCAUGACACGGAAAUUUUCUGAUAGUAUAAUACAAAUUUUAGGUAGAAUAACGUGAAUUUACGAAUAUAUCUGAAUAACGUUGAAAUCAAGAAAGCAAGCUAGUAGAACUUUUUCGUCAUUGGACAAUUGUACAUGUCACUCCUCCCCUCUCCCUUCUCUUGAUAUAAAUUUACUCUUAUCACGUGUUUACACCAAACCUAAUUUUUUUGCCAUCCUGCUCUUCUUCCUCCUCCUCGUGCUCCUCCGCCUCUUCCUCUUUUUAUAAAGAGGUAGUGGUUUCGUAUCGAAAUUUUCUCCAAUCCCGAGACGACAUAUACACUUCUUUUUAUAUCCUUUCUUAAAAAACAUACAUGGAAAAUUAAUCACCAGAUAGAUGACUCAUUUCCCUUUUUGAUUUAAUCAUCUGGUAUUCAGUAUUCAAAUGGCACGAUAAUCAAUCUUUGUGCAUAAGGCGGGGGUCUCUUCAUAUCGAAAAUUCUCCAAUUAAGAACUCUGAUUAAGAAUGAUGAGUCAUCAAUUUUGGCAAAUUAAAACAAUUAAGGUCAUCCCUAGAAAGUGGAAAGUGGUAAAAAAAGCAUCAAUCUUUAAGAAAAAGAUUAAAUCAAUUUGGGAAAAAAUUAGAGUUUGUUCAAAUGAAAAAUUUAAGAAGUACAAGAAGUUAUCCACAAAAAAUGUUUCUCAAGAAUUGCAAGUUGUUAAUUCUGAGACUGUAAAUGUAAUUAGUGGUGAUGAUUCAGAUUUAGUUUCAUUGAAGAUUAGCAUUUUGGGUGAUUGUCAAAUUGGGAAAACAAGUUUUGUGGCAAAAUAUGUGGGUGAUGAACAAGAAAAGAAGAGCUUGCAAAUGAAUGGAUUAAAUUUAAUGGAAAAAAUAUUAGUCAUUGAAGGUGCUAGAAUUGCAUUUACAAUUUGGGAUGUUGGAGGUGAUCAUAGUUCAUAUGAAAUAAUUCCAAUUGCUUGUAAAGAUGCUGUUGCAAUUCUCUUCAUGUUUGAUCUUAAUUGUAGAAGUUCAUUGAACAGUGUUAAAUAUUGGUACAUUCAAGCAAGAAAAUGGAAUAAGAGUGCUAUUCCCAUACUAAUUGGGACAAAAUUUGAUGAUUUUGUUCAACUUCCUUUAGAUAUUCAAUGGACUAUUGUCUCUCAGGCAAGAACAUAUGCAAAGGCAAUGAAAGCAACUCUAUUUUUCUCAAGUGCAACUCAUAACAUCAAUGUGAAUAAGAUCUUCAAAUUCAUUAUGGCAAAGCUCUUUAACUUGCCUUGGACUGUCCAAAGAAAUCUCACCAUUGGUGAGCCCAUUAUUGACUUCUAGAGAUCCAAGAAGACAUUGGUGUGUGAGUGGAGAAGAGUAGACAGGCGGGUGGGACCAUGUAUCGUCAUUUCAAACUGUGGUUUGAUUGUUAUGAUGUAAAAGUCUGAUAUUUAAGUGGAGAAGGAUAGAGCGAGGAGAUUUUUAUCUACUGAAUUUCAAAUUGUGAUCUAGUUGUUAUGUGUAUGUCAUGAGCUCAAAUCUUGGUACUAGUAAAAACCUGAUACAUAAGUAGAGAAUGGGAACGAGAACGACCUUAUUAUCUAUUGAAUUUCAAAUCGUGGUCUAGAUGCUACGUGUAUGUUACGAGUUUGGAAGCUUGAUAUUUUAGUGGAGAAAGGGUAAAAAGACAAACUCACUAUCUACUGAGUUUCAAGUGUGAUAUCAUCCUCCUAUAAAUUGUAGGAGUUUAGUAAAACGAAAGAAAUUUCAAAUAAAAGGAUCAAAAAUCUUUUAUAGGAAAAAAGAGAAAAUAAAAUCUGAAAGCUCUAUCAGUCCGUUGUUCAUCGACAACAUCCUUUGUGCGUCCUUCAAACCACAGGAGCGCCUAGAGCCCAUAGGAGUAAAGCUCAUUUUCCUUUCAAGGUAAAACAACACGUGAAAAAGGACCGACUCGAAUACCAUCAUAAAAUAGUAAAAAAAAAAACAUGACAAAUUUUAGUGAUGAGAACUUAAUCCAACACACCAAAUCAUUAGAUUCAGUUUUUAUAACAAAACAAUGAUAGGAAAAGAUAAAUAUUCAUUACUUGAGGGAAAUGUGAGUGCACAUUCACUAGUUAUGGCCUGAUAAACAAUUUUACACAAUCCCAUUUAUGAGGGAACUAAGAGCUUAUAAACAAAC